AUGAAUUACAAGUACAAAAUAUGUUUCGUAAUAUGCCUGGUGACAUCUCUUGCUGCUACAGCGUUCUACAUGACAAGUUCUCAAUUAGAAGUGUUUCUCUUGCAAACGUCCAGUUCAACAACACUGAAGACAAGACAAGUGUCCCUCUUUGAGGUGUCUCUCAAGUAUCCCCUCGUGCUUCAUAGACGGAGUGUGAACAUUACUUCAGCAGGUUACGAAACGCGGAAACGUAUUGUGUGGAUGAACGUCCCACCUUGGUACAAGACUGUAAAGUCCUUUGACCACUGUUACCUUCGUUCGUGUGAAAUAAGUACGAACGAGGCACACAUUUCAUCUGCUGAUGCUGUGAUUGUCAAUGGCGUUAAUUUGCCUUCAUCAAAACACCCAAACACCAACAUGAACCAGGUGUGGAUUAUGUAUGGGUGGGAAGCACCUCUUCACUAUCAUUCAAACACGAUUUUCCGUUCUGACUGGAAUGGACGUUUUAACUGGACAUUGACGUACCGCCUGGAUUCGGAUAUACCCUUUCCUUACAAUAGGAUCUUGUAUACAGGAGGCACUGUGAAUAUAAGUGAUGUUCUAAGACGAAAAAGCAGAUCAAUAGCUUGGUUUGUUAGUAACUGUGGUACUCCGUCAAAGAGGGAAGUGUAUGUUAAAGAACUGCGGAAAUAUAUUGAUGUCGACAUAUAUGGUUCCUGCAGAUAUAACAUGAGUUAUCACUGCCCCAAAGAAAGGCCCUUAGAGUGUCUUGGUCUGUUAAACACAACAUAUAGGUUUUAUCUUUCGUUUGAAAAUUCCCUUUGUAAAGACUAUAUCACAGAAAAGUUCUACAACACGUUCAUGACUUCAGCUAUUCCCAUCGUUCGUGGAGGCGCUAACUAUACACGUCUUCUGCCAGAAGGAACCUUCAUCAACACGGCAUCGUUCGACAGUCUCAAGAGUUUGGCGAACUUUAUCAAGUAUUUGGAGAGAAAUGAGACAGCUAUGGGGGGAUAUUCUAGAAAAGAAACUCAAAUAUGA